AUGGGCUGGGCCGGGGGCUCCCCCUGCUGCUGCUGCUGCUGCCCCCCGCGCUCCCGCCCCGCGGGGCGGCCCCCCAAGGUGAGUCAGGGCCCGGGGCUGCGUCAUUGCUGCUCGCAGGGCCGGCGAGGAGGAGGAGGGCGGUGCCCGAGGCGAGGCCUGGGCGGCCAGGAGGCCCCAAGAGCCGGGCUGGGGGGCGGGGACCCCGACUUCUGGAGAAAUCUAAAUCUAUCUGUAUUUUGUGAGUGCUCCCUCUCUCCCUCCAGCUCUGCCCAAUUUUUUCCCCCUGCAGGUUCCCCAACCCACACCCGGGGACCCCUGGACGGCAGCCCUUAUGCCCAGGUACGGCGGGCCCCCAGGCCCUCCCCACCAAGGCCCUCCCCAGAACACCCUCCGCCUCCGCUUCUCUCAGUCAGCAGUGACUCGGGCCACUCUUCCACCUUGACCACAGAACCCCCAGCUGAUUCCCCUUCUCGGCCUCCUCCUACUCCUGCUGAGCGUCAGGAGUUGGAGCGACUUCUGGGAGGCUGUGGAAUAGGUGGGGUAGGCCGUGGAGUGGGCCGAGAGACCGCCAUUUUGGAUGAAGAAGACCAGCUGCUCCCUGGGAGUGGUGCCCCACUUGGAGUCUACCAGAGCCAAAGGCCUGGCCUGAGCCGACACUGUUCCUGUCGCCAUGGCUACAGAGAGCCCUGUGGGGCUCCCAAUGGAGGGGGCUACUACAGGCCAGAGGGGACCUUGGAAAGAAGGCGCCUAGCCUAUGGGGGCUAUGAGGCCCUCCCUCAGGGCUAUGGGGAAGUCCCCCUGGAGAAGAGACAGCUUUGCCGAUCUUUGUCUGAGGGGCCGUAUCCUUACCCACCCAAGCUGGGCAAACAGGCCAAUGGAGAAUUUGGCUACCGUCUUCCUGGCUAUCGAGAUGUAGUGAUCUUGGAGGAUGGGGGUCUGCCCACUUUGUGCUCGUGCCCAGCCUGUGAAGAGAAACUGGCACUGCCCACAGCUGCCCUCUAUGGCCUACGGCUGGAGAGGGAGGCUGGCGAGGGGUGGGCAGGAGAGCCAGGGAAGCCCCUUUUGCACCCUCUGCGGUCCAGGCACCCAGUGCCAUUGCUUAUGCCCACUUAUGGACACCAUCACGCCGCAGUGCCUGACUACAAUUGCCUGAAGCAGCCUAAGACCGGAGAGGAUGGUCACGAGGGGUACCCCUAUGCUCUCUGCCCUGAAGGAAGGUACGGGCAUCCAGGGUACCCUACCCUGGUGGCAUACAGCAGUGGGGGAGCCAUGCCUGGGUACUGCCCCACCUAUGGGCGGUCAUCCCGGGGCUAUGUAUCACCCAAUGAGAGCAGAGGGUAUCCUAACCCUGGAGUCCACCCUCCCUGCCCUGGCUCCGUGUUGCCAGGAAGCCCCUCCUACCCACCAUCCAGCAAGCUGAGUUACGAGAUCCCUCCUGAGGAGGGAGGGGAUGGGUACCCAUUGCCGGGGCACCUGGCUCAGACAGGCAGCUUGGCACGUCCAGAUUCGCCUGAACCAGGCUUAUGGCAGGAGGGCCCCAAUGGGCACAUCACUCUCCCCCGGCCAACCCCAAAUGCCCAGGGCAUCGAGAGUUCCCCAUCGGAUCUGUCUGGCUCCCCAACUCCUCUUCAUACCAGCAGCCCAGUCCAGGGCAAGGAAAGCCCCCAGACCCGAGAGAGUCGGUCCCCCAGCCUGGCCCCUGCCUUGAGACUGAACCCUGGAGAAGUUGCUCUCUCUGCUCCCCAGGGGAACACUGAAAAGGCCCCAGAGCUGCCCUCCGCAAGUGGGACUGACCCUGCCACCGCCGGCCCUUUCCACGCGGCCUCUCCUUCCAGCUCUCCCAGGGCCUGGCCCCAGGAGAGGAGCCCAGGCGUCUACCCCAGCAGUGCCAAUCCCCGGACUCCGGUGCCUACCACACUGCCCGGCCUCCGUCAUGCCACCUGGCAGGGUCCUCGUGGUCCCUCAGACAGUCCGGACGGAUCCCCCCUCACACCCGUGCCUGUCCAGAUGCCCUGGCUCGUGGCUGCCCCGGAGCCCCCACAAAGCUCACCCACACCCGCCUUUCCUCUGGCUGCAUCCUAUGAUUCCAAUGGCACGACCCAGCCCCCGCUGCCUGAGAAACGACACCCGCCGGCCAGUGGUCAGCAGGCAGGCAGACUGUGGGGUGGAGAGCAGGCAUCUCCACCCGGCAGGGGGGGCACCCACCACGUCACCUUUGCUCCGUUGCUUCCGGAUGAUGCCCCCAGUUCUCCAGAGCCCCCUCCCCAAGAGAGCCAGAGCAACGUCAAGUUUGUACAGGACACGUCCAAGUUCUGGUACAAGCCCCACCUGUCCAGAGACCAGGCCAUCUCCCUGCUGAAGGACAAGGAGCCCGGGGCCUUCCUCAUCCGAGACAGCCAUUCCUUCCAGGGGGCCUACGGGCUGGCCCUCAAAGUGGCCACCCCCCCACCCAGCGCCCAGGCCUGGAAAGGCGACCCCUCAGAACAGCUGGUGCGGCACUUCCUCAUCGAGACGGGGCCCAAAGGGGUGAAAAUCAAGGGCUGCCCCACUGAGCCCCACUUUGGCAGCCUGUCGGCCCUGGUGUCCCAGCACUCCAUCGCCCCCAUCUCCCUUCCCUGCUGCCUCCGAAUCCCCAGUAAAGAUCCCCUGGACAAGACCCCCGACGUGCCGGUGCACGCCAACAUGAGCACUGCGUCUGACCUCCUGCGGCAGGGGGCAGCUUGCAGCGUGUUGUAUCUGACCUCGGUGGAGACGGAGUCUCUGACGGGCCCCCAGGCCGUGUCCCGGGCCAGCUCGGCUGCCCUGAGCUGCAGCCCCGCCCCCUCGCCCGUCACCGUGCACUUCAAGGUCUCGGCCCAAGGCAUCACCUUGACGGACAACCUUCGGAAGCUCUUCUUCCGGAGACAUUACCCCGUGAACAGCGUGACCUUCUGCAGCACCGACCCUCAGGACCGAAGAUGGACCAACGCUGACGGAAGCACCUCCAAGAUCUUUGGUUUCGUGGCCAGGAAGCCGGGCAGCCCCUGGGAAAACGUGUGUCAUCUCUUUUCGGAGCUUGACCCCGACCAGCCAGCGGUGGCCAUCGUCACUUUCAUCACCAAAGUCCUGCUGGGCCAAAGGAAGUGAAGAGGCCGAAGCCGGACCGCGCCUGCUCCCCCAACCCCCCCUCACCUCCCUUCACGUGGAUUCACAGCCACAGCCCCCUCCCCGCCCCCACACCACCCCCAGCCUGACCUCCAAGCACUGGAGGGAGUGAGCCAGCAUUGAUGGAAACUGUAGGUGAGCAGAGGGGAGGGGGAGAGCUCCGAAGCACUAGAGGGGUGCCCAGAGGGGCCCAGGAUGGCCCUGCCUGGAGCCUGCGUGGGCCAUGGGAGAAAGGGAAGGGGGGGGCCUUGGGUCCCCCUCCUCCUGCUUUCUCCCACCGACCAGGGAGAGCAGGACCAGGAAGAGGUUCUAUGAAGAAAAAGAGUCUAUUUUUGUCUAAUAAAGAAUUUAUAUGAGCUUUA